UGGAGUAAACAAAAUGGUAUCAAAAGAAAACGGACAUACCAUAGUAUCACCUCUAAACUACCAGCUACAAGACAAAAAUCAAAAACAUGUCUUUUAUCCCAGUGCUUUGGAACCGCUACAAUCAAAGGCAGAAUGAUUCUGAUGACUUGUUCCACUUCAUGGAUGACUGGAACCCUAUGCCCCUAAGCUGGGGUUAUGGCCGACCCGUGAUUCAGAGAAGGCACAGACCUGAGAAUUCACUAGCGGAUAGAAAGUGGACCUACAGCGUGAAGAUUGGAGACUUCGAUGCACAACAUGUCAAAGUGAAAGUAGAGGAUGGUAAAGUAAUUAUUCAUGCUAAGUACACAGAUGGUAAUGAUGAAUGGGGAGAUACUGUCGAGCGAACAAGGACAGUCCAGAUUCCAGAGAAUGUUGAUGCUGAUAAAAUUCACAGCUUCAUGAAAUUGGAUGGAAGUAUGAUGUUAGAAGCCCCGUACCGUGUUUCAGAGGAGAAGCAACUCCAAGUUGUACCACAAGAAGGUCGUGUCUUGGUGGCCAGUGACAGUCAUAGCAAUUUGAUGAAAUUCAAUGUCGAAAACUACCGGCCAGAGGAGGUUAAAGUAUUAUGCAAAGAUGGGAUGUUGACGGCCCAAGGAGAACGAAAAAGGUCUGAAGAUGGUCAUGAAAUUCGUGAGUCGUUUUUUCGUCAGAUGACAGUUCCGCGGUCUGUGGAUGGGAAAAACAUCGAAUGCUUUAGGGAUGAAGAAGGGAAUCUUACAAUCCGUGCACCAACGGUUGAAGAUGUUGAAAUGGAACAAGCAAAAAAGUAGACCCAGGAUGACUUUUAGUUUUAUUUUCAAUUUGUCAUCUUCACAAUUGCAGACUAUAGACAUUUGAACUCAUUACUUUAUGAUUUUAUUUUGUGUUCAUUGUUAUUGUUUUUGAAUGACGAAAAAGCGUAAUUGUGUUAAUUUGCUAGUGAACUAAUGCUUGAAUGGUGCAUAUUUACAGUUCUAUCAAAAAGAGAUAAAAGACUUUCGGUUCUUUUUGUUAUAUAGAACAACAUUUUGAGAAAAGCUUGUUUAAAAAUCAUGUGUGUUCUGUAAGGGAACAAUUAUUGAGUAUUUGUAAUGGAACAAUCAUUGAAUUUUUGUAAUGGAACAAUCAUUGAAUAUUGCAUAAUUUUAGUUCAAUUUAAAAAAGAGAACAUAUUUGUUACUUGAUUUACUUUGUUGUUGUCAGAGAUAGACAUUAAAUAUCAUGUACAUACAA